AUGAAAUUUGUCACUGCCAAAUAUGAUAACACUAUCGCAUCUUUCUCUUGUGAUUCUGAAUCCGAACAAACACUUAUAAAGAAUAUCAAUAAUUUGUUGUCAAAUUAUAUUGAAGCACUAGAAAAUAUAAAAUCACGUGCAGGUCUUGAAAUAGCCAUGGAGAUUUCACGACAGGGCAAUGGUUAUCUUUCAUAUAUGCCAUCCGUCACUGAGCCCAUUGUCCGUCAAUUAAAUGCACCACUGAGGAAUAUUCCUGAUACGUUUACAAUGGAUAUUGAAGCUGGCCACCAAGUCGACAAAGCCGAAUAUCUUUUCAAGAG